AUGCCUCUUCACACCUUCGAUACGUCCAAGCUUCCUGGCCCCGUGUUUGCCGAGGCAUUGAGCCCCGAGUCGUUUGCACCUUACGGUGGGGUCAUGAGUGCAGAUCAACAGAUCCAAAGGGCCCAGAGCUCAGCUGCUAACUACGGAACUGCGGUCAAACUACACAAGGUGGCCCCCAUAGUGAACAACUACGCUCACAGUCCAAACACACAGCCCGCCACUGCCAACUGGAACAUUUUCCGCUGCUCUGCUCCCCGGAAAUUGAUCACCAACCAGGGCACCUUCAAGAUAUACAACUCCAAAGUGUUGGAAAGACACCCAUACUCUACUCAAACGUUCAUUCCCAUGGGCCAACACGCAGACCAGGUGUCGUAUAUUGUUAUCGUGGCCCUCACCGACGAAUCCAGCCCCCAAAAGCUCCCAGAUCCAACCACGGUGAAGGCAUUUCUAUGCAGGGGAAACCAGUCUGUCACGUAUGGAGCAGGCACCUGGCACGCUCCGAUGGUGGUCAUUGACGAGAGCGUCAAGCACAUCGACUUUGCCGUGCUCAUCCACGAAAACGGGGUAGCAGAUGACGAUUGCCAGGAAUGCUAUUUCGAACCCGGCUACCAAAUCAAGUAUGCCACCCCUUCAGGAAGCAAAAAUUCUAGCAGGGCUAGAUUGUAG